AUGGCCCUGCCAACCCUUCAGUUCCUUGCGGGGCUCCUGCUCCUGAUAUACCUGCUCUCGUUUGUCCUAUUUGCCUUUAUACGUAUAGCCACCGGCGUAUCCAUACAGCGACUCGGCCUCCGGGGCCUGCGACGUAUCGCCUUUACCCCCAAGGAUGGCCUGCGCAUCGAAAUCCGCGGCCUUGGCUUUACCCUCCAUCGACCUACCUUCGCCCAACCGACGGUAGUCAGCAUUGUUCUACACGAGCUCAAGGUCACGGUAGACCUCAAGGCGCUUGGAGAGAAGCCGCGGAAGAAGACGGGCUGGGCACAUUGGGCCAACGGCACGACACAAAAGGGCAAUAGCGGCCAGAACACCCCGGAACCCGUGGCCGACGACGACGACGAGGAGACACAGAGAAGCCAGACGUGGAAGAGGCUCACGGAUGCCAAGGAGAAGAUCAAGCGCCUGCACAGGAACAUCAACUGGCUCAGGCAGGUCGAUGUCGUGGCUCACGCGACCACCCUCGUUGUAGUCGACGUGGGCUCAGUGCAGGUCGGUGGCCUUAAUCUGGCUGUAGAUACCAGGCAAAAGACGGUCGACCGCAGCCGCCUCUUCAACCACCACAAGCCGAAGCCAGACCAGGAACAAUGGCCUGCCGAGUGGCUCUUCUCCGCGCGCAGCAUCUUGUUCACUCCAGAAGGCAGGGAAUCGACUGAGCUGCUCGACCACUGCACUCUCAACGUUCACGGCUUCCUCAAGAAAGAGCUCGAGGGCCUGCGCGAUGCAUCCAUCGCACUCAAACUGGGCCGACUCCUCAUUCCAUAUGACGACGUCAAGUUAUGCAUUGAGAGAGCCCAGAAGUGUCGCAUGACCGGCCCUCGGAAAAGGAAUCGUGGCAGUCGCACAGAUGUAUCGCUCAGCGAUGUCAUGGAAGAGCUUGAAGACCCGAACAGUCGCGAAGAAAACCUCGUCCGUACUGUCUCCGAUUCCCGCGAGUUCGCCAGCUCCAUCCUGCGUGGAAUUCACGAGUUCCAGUUCGCUGUCGGUUUCCUCGGCCUCACCAAGCAAAUCGAGACCGCCCAUAGCUCAGAUCCCCCAUUUUACCUCAAUAUCUCCAUGAAAGAAGUUGGCAUGGAUCUUCUACGCCUAGAUCCUCGCAGUCCUGCACAUCUCAUGUACUUUUCGCCCAACGACAUUGCCCACCAGGCUCUUCUUGCUGCAAUAUCCAUAUCGGUCGGUAUUGAUAAUAGCCAUGGUCAUCCUGAACGGCUCCUCUAUGUUCCAAUGGCCACAACGACCUUGAACACAACCCUCCCUUCGAAAACGAUUCAUUUCUCUAAUGAUAAAGAUAGCGCUGAGCGCAACACCAACAUACUCUUCGCCAACUUGGUCGUCACGUCGCCAUCUCUGGACCUCGAUCCCAAACAUCUGCCGCUACUAGUUGCUUUGUUCCAUAAUUACGAGACGAAUCGCAAGCCUCCCGAGACCAGACAACGUAAGCGCUACCUUUUUCGCCGACUGUUACCAAAGGCAAACAUCAAAAUGUCAAUACAUGAGCCUGUUAUCCGGGUCAGCCUACCACCGAUGGAUCUCGAUAGGCACGACAAGGACGAGUUUGACCUGUUAAUCUCUGCAUCCUCAUCAAUAUCAUUGGACAUGGAGUCAUCACACUCUGCGGAUGGCGAGUUGCAUUAUGCGCUGAGCUCAACUUUCCGCAUGAACGCACAGCAACUCUAUUAUCAAACUGCAGCGAUCGAGAAGCACAAUUUGCUUCUGACAGAUUACCUGGAAGUCAAAGUGCAGAUGAGUGCAGCUCCUGACCCUAUUGUCGAGGUUUGGGGCACGGCACAGACAUUUUCCCUGUACAUGGUUCGGCCUGAGAUUAGCGAAGGACUGCGACAGAUCGUCACGAAAAUGUCAGCGGAUAUGGGCCGUCGGCGCAGCGUGCCUAAGAAAAAAGGGCUCAAUGCACUUCGCAGAUUACCAGCUUGGAUGACAUACGUUCACCUCCGAGGAUCAGACUGGAACGUGGAUGUCGCUGGAAUAGAUGCUGAUAUAUCGAAACACAGUCGAGGGGUCGGCUUGCAUCUGGAAUCUUGGACCGCGGAAUACAAAACAGGUCGGGAAGAAGAGGCGGACCUGAAGCCUGCAAGACGCCGUGCACCAAGCAGGACCAUCAACCGCGAAGAACACUUACUUAGAUCACCGCCCCCGACCUCGCCGAAAUCGCCGAAAGGAACGUCAGGCGACCCAACCGAUGGGAGACGACUUGCUUUACAUUUCUAUGGACUGGAGGGGUUAAUCAUCGAAGGGGAAGACCAGCCGGAGCAAGAACCGACGUUAUCAUUGCCUCGCAUGGAGAUCGCUCUGCAUACGCUCUCUGAUAAGCAGGGUCCGAUAUUCCACAUCCACUCGUACAGUCAGAACUUAUUUCUUCGCUAUUCGCUGUAUCGCCAUUUUGCCUUGUGCAUGGCGGUGCAAGUUCUACAGAGGUCUUUUGACUGGGACGUCGGGAAGAACAAGGCUGCGGAGCCAACCUCAACCAACUCGCCGCGACACCUGUCCGUACCGACGCUAGGCGAGGACACUGUCGAUCCACUUAGCGGAACUAGUCACGAGAUUGUGACAGUCGACGUUAAAGCCCAUUUCGUCCAGAUUAAAGCAGACAUGCCAGGAGAUCCGCCUCUUAUGCUUCAGAUCUACGGACUUGAGGCAGGAAAACAUCGCUGGACCAGCCCAUUCCUUCGGUCGCGCCUAGUGCGACUGUUUGCAGAGAACCCAGCCAUCAAACGGGCUUGGAGUCGUAUUGUUAGCGUCAAAUCCCUCAGACUGGAUUAUCGGCAAUCCAAGCUCAGAUACGGUCACACGAUAACGGACGAGAAAUCGUUCGAUAUCGCAACGGACGCCAUAAGAAUUGCUGUACCUCAUCAACUAGUCAUGCACAAAAUCUUUGACAACGUUGCCAACGUUGCCAAGACUGUCAAGCAGGUGCAUCAUCGCUUCAAGACUGGAACUAAUGAGUACGUUCUGGACAAGGAGGCCGAAGGUCCCAAGAUUGUGCCAAAGAUAUCGCUCCGAAGCCGCGCAGUGCUCUUCGAGCUGGAAGACAACGCUUUUGAAUGGAAGCUAGGGACUAUCUACCGCAUUGGUCUUAUGGAACAGAAGCAGAGGCUUGCUCGUGAACAUGCUUUUGAUCUGAAAGUGCGGAAACUGCAGCAGCAAGACGAUCAGCGUGGAAACUCUCGUUACCGCGCAAGAUCCGCACAUGACGUUCGCGGACGGAACAAGAUCAAGAAAAAGGACAAAGAGCUUAGAUUCCACCGACGCACGAAAAGCGCUGACUCAAGCGGUCAUAGUUCGCCGGACCGAGGUCGUUCAGAUCAUCCUAUGCGAUAUAACAAGGACGGUUUCAGCGGUCUUAGUGGGUCAUACCAGACGUCUGUACAAGAUGCACGCGUAAAGCUGAACCGCCUGAACGCUCAGACGUGGAAGAAGCGUAUCGACUUCGCGAUGACAACGCAGAAUCGGUCCAUGAGCGACAUCCGCUCAACAUUUUGGGGCCUGGAUGAGCUGCCGGACGAUAUCGAGCAGAAGGAAACCAUCCUUGCCGUCUCCCAACGUCCGGCACUUAUGGCACUCGCAGUCAGUGAUCUAGAAAUCGUCGUUGACAAGCCCUCGUUUCCUAUCUCGGAGUACCCGCGCUUCCUUCACCGCGUUGGCAAAGGUAUGCCAUUCGAUACUCAGUAUGCUCUCUUGAUCCCCAUGCAUGUUCAGAUACAGAUGGGGGAAGCCAAGAUCCACCUUCGGGAUUACCCACUGCCACUGUUGCACUUCCCAGCAAUCGGCAGCAUACAAUCGUCAAGACUGCCGAGCGUCUUGAUGAAAACAGAUUUCGUAAUAGCAGAAGAGUUCAGAGAUGUCGAAUCUUCACGCGUCAGUCGGGUUAUUGUGGUACCAUCGGAGGUGAACUCUGCAGGCGAGCCGACAGGCGGAUAUGCGGUCGACGUUCGUCGAACUGUGGCACCUGUCAAGACAUACUCGGAUAUGGCGAUCGACAUCAAUUCAGCAUAUCCAACUAGGAUUACUUGGGGCACUUCAUAUCAGCCAGCGAUUCAAGACAUGAUGCAAAUCAUCGAGAACUUCACAAAGCCCGCUAUAGACCCCUCUGAAAGGGUCGGAUUCUGGGACAAGAUCAGGCUGACCUUCCACUCUCGCAUUAAUGUCUCGUGGAAGGGCGAUGGCGAUGUUCAUCUGAUCCUCAAAGGUUCCCGCGAUCCGUACAUGGUCACUGGUCACGGUGCAGGCUUUGUCAUGUGCUGGCAGAACGAUGUACAACUCAGCAUCGCUCAGGAUGAAGACCCCAGGAAUUUCAUGGUCGUCAAAAGCGGAAGCUACGUGCUCGCUAUUCCAGACCUCAACCACUUUGCCCGUCACGACGCUGAGACAGAAGCUGUGGCCCGGCCAGAUACUGCGUCCAGCAUGUCUAGUCGUAGGCAGAGAGCCGUCUUCAAGAAGACUGUGAUGAAGCUCAAUGGCAAUGUGCGCUGGGUUGCUGGGUUGGUAUUCGAGCGCAAUAUGGACGAUGGUGGGCGUUCAUUCAACUUCAUUCCUCACUACAACGUCACUCUCAAGAAUCCAAAGUAUGCAAAGGCAUCGAAUGGAAAGGAGUAUGACGCUUUCAGAGGCUUCCGCAGCCAUCACAUCCACAUGUCUAUUGCUAUCGCCGCUCCAUACGACAGAGAAUGGUCUGUCGCUAAUUUGGAGCCAUCGAAAACCUACAACAGUGUUCAUCUCUCCCCGCGCUUCUUUACACAUUUCUACAGCUGGUGGUCGAUGUUUUCCGGUGCAAUGUCGUUACCCGUACGUCAAGGAAAGCUGUGGCCAGGGGUAGAGAAGUCCAGUAAGAAGUUCGGGCGACACCUUGCGACCAUCAAGUACAAUCUGUUGCUGUCACCUCUGUAUAUGAGUCAUAUCUACAAGCACAAGGACGCAGAGGAUUAUAGUGCAGGCGUCGUCUCUGCUACUGGACUAAAGGCGCGUCUCGAUAGCUUCAUGUUCGAUCUCCACCAGCGCCGCGAAGAAUUCAGAACCCUGGUGCAAGCGCCUGAAGGCCAGCAGAAUAGCAGGCAAAACAAGACAACCGGUAUGCGCAUCAAUCAGGUACAGCUUGACCUCAUUCGUACGGACAUUCGAGCAGUAUCUGCAUCCAUCUCAGGGACCGGCUCUGAAGACGUCGACAAUGCGACCGCGGAUGAUCUUGCCAGCUACAACCAAGAGUAUCUCACAGCUGACUUGUCAAAAUUCACCAUCCCAGACAACGAUUUAGGAUGGGUGGACAUGGAUGACUUUAUCGAGCUCGGUUGGAUCCUGCCUUCACGUCGACAUCCCGAAACGCAGAUUUUACCACUUGCCUUCGCCCCGCGCUUCACUUACUUCCGCCAAACUGACCACAGCAACAACAUCUCAGGAGACAAACACCGAAAGAGCGCAUUCGGUAAUGAGCCGACUCAUCACUGCGUCAUCUCAGCACGGAACGAUCCACGCCGGGUGCAGUGUCACCUCAUUGAACAACGGAUUGAACGCGUGAAGGAACAAGUUAGUCAUAACCAGCAAGCUGUGAAUGAGCAAGAGCUUAAGGUCAUACGCGAACCGUCAGAAGGAAAAGAUGAGUCGCAGCGUCGUCUCGAAGCACUGCGAAACCAUACCCAGUUCCUUCAGCGGAAGUUAGAGUUCCUGUCUGCCAUGCAUACCAGUCUGUUGGAGCGUUUAGAGAGUGCUUCUUCCUCCCCAGGCAAUCCUGUUCCAGAGCCUGAGACAGACGGAGAAGAUGAGUACUUUGAAGCAGACGGUGGUCAAGACGCGGUUGACUCAGACGGCAAGCCAGCGGACUCAGCUCCCAAUCCUAUCACCGAUUUCACCAACGAGUUUAACAAUCGGUUCAUCAUCCAUAACAUCCACCUGAAGUGGGGCAAUUCUUUGCGAAACAUAAUACUCCGCUACAUUCACCAAGUCAGUCAGCGUCGAGGUUUCGUUUAUUAUAUGUCUCGGAGAGCUGUGAAGUUCAUACUCGACGUUGUUGAGGAGCAAAGCAAGUCCCGCGGACCGUCCACGUCUGGGCCCGAUGAAACACCCAUGGCUGGUGAUAACGAAGCAGGACUAAACAUCGACGAAACAAUUGAACAGUUUCUGCGCGACGGGAAGAAAUUCGUUGAUGCUGAUGAGGAAGAUGCUAAGAGUAAGACUACCGAUGGCACCUCUGGAGGUACUAAUGAGCCUUCACCUGCAAAUCCUGCAAAGGCAGACGAAGAAGUCGCAGACGACUAUGUUUCUCAGAACUCAUAUCUCGUGCGUCUUAUUGCGCCGCAAAUCCAGUUGCAAAGCGAGAAAGACACAAAGUCUGCAGUGCUUGUCACAGCGAAAGGCAUGCAGCUCAAGGUUCUACAGAUCAUGGACAAGGACAGAGUCAUGGACGAGGUAUCAGGCCUAGUCCAACGAAGGUUCAUCGCGGCUAUGGACAGUCUACAAAUUUUCGUCACGAAUUCAAAGACUUUCAGUAGUCCGGAGGAUAUUCACAUGUACUCCGGCAGCAUGUACGGAACCCCUGCUGGCUCGGCAUGGCCACCAUGGGUACCUUUCGAGGUCAUGUUUGAAUUUCACAGCAAUCCUUUCGGGUUCCAGCGCGUGGUACAAAGAACUUCAGCCAGUAUGCGAUAUGAUAAGCACAACGCGCUGCGUCUGAAGUAUAACGACGAUGUCUCGGCUGGCGACUCUUCUUCUUCUACCGACAACAUGGAGAGUCGAAUUGACCACCUCUGGGUGGAUUUCCCACACGUGAGAGCCCUAUGUGACUCUAGACAAUACUACGCGAUGUAUGUCAUCGUACUAGAUCUACUCUUGUACCACGAGCCAUUGGAAAAGACGCGUAAUGAGCGACUUGAGAAAAUCAUGCUUGCCUCUGACUUCACCGACCUUGCCGGGGCUCCAAACCUAGUCAUGGGUCUUCAGGAACGCAUUCAGCAGCUCGAGGAGAUCAAGACUGUCUUCCAGGUCAACGAGAAGUACCUGGACAAACAAGGAUGGGAAGAUCGUAUAGAGGUCGAGAAAGACUUGGCUGUUUACGAGGAUGAACUAUUCUUCGUCAUGAAAGCGAUCACAACCGCACAGCGCAAGCAAGACGACCGUGCGCAAGCAAGACAGUCGACUGGGCUCUUGCGGAUGUACGUCUCUGCAUCUGACAUUGUUUGGCAUCUGCUUCGCGAAGGUGCCGAAUCGCUAGCAGAGUUCCAACUCAAGAAUGUAGCGUUCGAUCGCACUGACAACAACGACGGAUCUAAUUCCAACUCUCUAGAGAUUGAACAGGUGCGAGGUCUGAACCUACUACCCAACGCACUAUACCCUGAAAUGAUAUCGCCUUUCCUGGAGCAGGACCAGACUCUGCCGGAGAACGCCAGAUGCCUCAAGGUCUACUUCGUGGCACUAGAGUCGAUCGCAGGUAUCCCUGUUGUGGAGCAUUUUGAGGUUGAGCUAUAUCCACUGAAGGUGCAGCUAGAAUACCAGAUCGGCAAGAAACUGUUGCAAUAUGUUUUCCCUACGUAUGGCGACAGCAAGACUGCAAAUUCAUCGCCUUUCUUACUCAAACACACUCUACCGACCCAGGAUGAGGAGGAUGAGGAAGCUAAUAGCGUCGGGACAGCAAGCAUGAACGCUUCGCUCUCAACGGAUGACGGCGCAGUAGAAGCUCUCAAGCAACGACUUACGCCCACACUUCAGCUGCCUGAUCCGGUACAGAAGUCUGAUGCAAAGCGGAAGGGCAUGGUGAAGCGGCCGAGCGCUCACUAUUUCCGUUUCUUCAAAGAUAACAACGCGUCGCGUAGUGGAACCGAGCUCCGUCGCACUCUUCAUCCGAGCUCUGCAUUGAUUGUUCCUACGUUGGGUAGCACUUCCAACAACUCUUCUAGACCAAGCUCCGUUCGGUCAAGCACAACCAAUUCAAGCCAGACUGUAAAUGAGUCCGAACGAACCGCGAAACGCUUCGCGCUCUAUCGUACUGGUACCAAUUUGACUGAGAAGCGCACGAACAAGAAAGAAGUUAGGAGCGAUGAUUUGACAAAGAUGAUGAGUCGCGCAAGCGAGUUCAUGACUGUUGCUUACUUCAAGAUCCCCUCCAUGGUCUUGUGUCUCUCCUACAAGGGCAAGAGCACACGUAACUUUGAAGAUGUCCACGAUCUGGUCUUCAGGAUGCCUACGAUAGAGUACCGCAACAAAACUUGGUCCAAUUUGGAUCUCGUCACACAACUCAAGAAAGAUGUCUUAAGAGCGCUUCUAUCUCAUGCCGGUACGAUCGUCGGUAACAAGAUCUCGCAUCACCGUCCGUCAGCCAAAGCACAGUCUCGUCUUCGUCAAAUUGCGAACAGCAGCGCAAUGCUCAACACGUCUCCAGAUCUGUCCGGCACCGAUUCGAAUUCCAUGCGUGACCACUCACCCGGUGGAUCCGACCUCUCAGCCGAAGAUCGCAUGCCCCGCCGUUCCUUCGCAUCAGGACGCCAAGGUAGUCUUAUUAGCACUGUCUCGGAAGAAGGGUCAUCCUUGCACUCUUCAAAGCCGGCUUCAACCAACCAAGCACGUUCCACGCACGGUUCUAUCAUGGGCGGCUACAGUCAUAACAGCAGCGGCCUGGGCGUCGACGACGUCGAAGAUGGACGCGCAUUUGCUGAUGAGCUGUCAAGAGUAGACAACACAGAGCCUGUCCACGCAAACCUUAUUCAUAGCUUGAGUAAACAUAUUGCUGGGGUCAGCGCACCCUUCGCUGGACACAUGAGAAGCAGAGCUGGUAGUGGUGCAGCCAGCAUGCGAGCUGCGAGCGUAGCCACUGGCAUUAGCGGUGUCAGCGGAAGAGAAGGCAGCGUGAUGGAUGAUGACACGGACGGUCCGAAGACGAAGAAAGCGAAAGCUUUAGGGAAAAAGCUACUCGGUAGGGGGAAUUAG